AGGUUCAAAAACACAGCUAGCGCGACUGCAAGAAGAGGAAAUGUUUAUUUUGUAAUUUCCUUGUCGGAUUUCAUUAAUUCAAGACAAAAGAAGUUCGAUUUUGUUUAGUCCGCCAAGAUGGAGAAAAAAAAGAGAAGACGAUCCAUUCGAAAUUUACGGCGACAGUCCAUUAAUUCUUUUAAUAAUGAAGGAGGUCUAAAUGAUACUUCAGUGAUUGAUGACAGUACAUUAUUUAAUGGCAGUGGCUUAACAGACAGUGGAAAUAUUUUUGGAACUGUUUGGAUGGAUACUCAAGAGGAAAGUUUGAAAGAACAGCGCAAGAAAAGGCGGUCAAGUAUUCUACUACAGAAGCCACUUCUUAAAUUGGACACAAGUUCCCUUGAACUCGAAACGAUGCGGGCGGAUAUCACCACUGAAAAAUCACCUACAAUUUUAACUGUCAGUCCUGAUUUAAUGAAAUUCACUGACAACAAACAACAAUCACCUCUCAUAACCCCUGACCAAAGCUUUAAUAAUAAUCUAAAUAUGGCAUUUGUGGGCGAUUUCACAACGCCAGUAUUAUGCCAAUUAAACACUUCAACUAAGAAAGUUUAUCCAGUCACACCAGAUGUUGACGAAGAUAUUUUAGCUGAUUCACCGUAUUCUGUUUUUUCUCCAUAUGCAACUCCUGUUACUAGUCAAAAAAUUUUGUGUACUGCAGAAAAUUUGACACCUUCAAGUAGUUGGACAAUUAAUGAAAAUGUAUCUCCAAAUUGUUUUAUAACUUCAAACCCAAAUACUCCUUAUUUAGAAACUUCUGAUGCCUUAACUAAAACUACGGAAAGCAUAGACAAUUAUAUGAAUUUAACAAAUGAUGAACCAGCAGAUAUCACUUUGAAUAAUUCUUAUGAAAACAACUCAUACGAAGAACAUAAUAAUUUGUCAGUUAACAAGCUCAUUAGUAAGAUUAAUCCUGAUAACUUUAAUAAUAGUCCAAGCAAUGCUACUAAUCCCAGCCACUUAUCAUACCAAUUAGACAAGCUGAACACAGAAACUCCCACAAGUGACCCAGUGUUGACACCAAUCAAUGAAGACAAAUGCCACAAUUUGAGUUUAUCAUCAAACCAAGCAAUAGAUGAAACAAACUAUCAAAUUGAACAAGACAGCAGUAAGGAAACAGAAGAAAACACUGAAUCUAAAAAACUAAUAUCACCUUCAAGUAUAUCAGAAAGUUUGGAUAACAUUGCUUCAGGUGCUAUGGGGUUAUUCAACACUUUAGUCCGCAAGAUUUCAAUCAGACGUGGUAAAAGUCAGAAGAAAACACUGAAACGAUUGAAAGCAGAUAAAAAUUUGGAAGGAAAAACUACUGAUAUCGGCAAUAAUGAACAGGCUGAGAAAAAUCCUGUUAAUGUCGAACAAAAAGUGGAAACCAAUUCUAAUGAUUUCAGCUGUACUGCACCUGUAAAUCAUGGAGGAGAAACCUUUGAUACAAAGCAAACGAUGGAAGUGGAUGAGAAACAUGACAAUUCGACAAAUGUUUUUAACAACUGUGUAGCAAUAUCUCCAGUGAUAUUACCUGACUCGGAUACCUAUCCCAGUCAAAAUGUAGAUAUGAUCGAUUGUGAAUUAGACAAUUUCAAUAUGACAAGUUUAGCAGAGAGUAUAGAUUCUCAAAAAGAAAAUGAAAUGAAAAAUAAAAGAAGAUCGCGGCGCCAAACAGCUGAAUAUUACAUCAGCGCCGAGAGUGGUAACAGUGCAAAUGAAGAGACUGGAAGCUCUGACAAUACCGCUGAGGAAUCGAAUGUGCGGAAAUCAAAGCGAACAAGGAGGAAAUCUCUUGAUAUUUAUCAAGCUGGUCAAAUAUAUGAAGAAGAAGAACCACCCCAGAAAUUUUUCAUUUCAAGGUUUGUCAAAUACAAUCGCCCCAAGAAGCCAGUUACAGAAAACCUUGAAGAUCUUUACAUGAACAAGAAUUAUAAAGCACCAUUAGAAAAGACAUGGGAGACAAUAUAUGAAUCACCUGGUAAAUCAAAGCAACCGUGUCAGCUGAUCAGUAAAAAGAGGUUUAGACGAGUUGUUGAUUUUGAUGGUUUCGUUCCAACAAAGUAUAAAAGAAGGCUACAGAAAGCCUCAAAUAAUGGUUGGGAUGUAACUGGCAAAAAGAACAAUACACUAACUGAUGAUUUUGUGCAAAAUAAACUUUCCGAACUUUAUAAUUAUUUAGAUUCCUCAUUUGAAACGUGACAUAUUUCUUAAUGUUUUAAACAUGUUGUAUGGUUUUAGUAUUACAUAAUGUGUUCAUGUGAAAGGUAAAAACUGUAGUAUUCUUUCAACAUGUACAUUUUUUACGUAUAAAUCGACCGCUCGGACGAUUUAGCUGCUGUUGGCGUAUGUUUUGUUGCCUGGCAACCUAUCUUUAGAACCCUCAAACGACAAAAAUUAUAAUGUCAUCUGUAUGAAAUUGUCUAUUAAAUUCCCCUAAUUACCUACAAAAGAAUAAAUAUGCGACAGCCCUUGUCGACUGCUCGGACGAUUUAGCUGGUGUGAGCGUAUGUUUUGUAUUAUGAUUUGUAUUUUAAACUGUACCCUGAAGUUCUCAUUAGAAUUAGUCCACAUUUCUGAUGUCUGGAUAAGUUAAUUAAUGUCUAAUUAAUAAUUUAGAUAACAUUUCAGACCUAAAGAAAGACCUGCAAUAGGCAUAUUUAGCUCUUGCAUAAUGUAUGUUUAACCUUUCAAACAAGUAAACAUUUUUUUACAUGUAAAACUUGGAACUAAUUUUCUGUCUUUGCCAGCUUGUUUACUAAUUGAAAUAUUUUUGAUGUUUUUAGCCUUAAACAAACUACAACGACUAUUCUUUACUUCCCAUAGUUAAAGAUUACUCUCUUGUAAUUUGUAAGCAAGUGACAGUAUUACAGGUAGAGAUGGGCUGAGGUGAUUGUUUGAAGGGGUUCAAUCACAGACAACCCAAGUUCAAAUUUACGAUGUGUGUUCAGAUUUUAGGUAUAUAAAACCUUUGGAAGAACGUUUUUGUUGGUUAAGAACCAUGACUUUAUUAUAAUAUGAAUGUUACUAAACUGCAUACCGGUACAGUAUAUAUUUGUCCUAGAUUUUUAAUAUCUCUACUUGAUGAGGAAUAAACUUGAAACUUAAAGGUGCAUUAUGUAAGAGAUAAAUCUGCCUAUUGCAUGUCUUUCUUUAGGCCUUACAGGUUGUUAUAUAAAUUAUUAAUUAGACAUUUAUUAAUUUGCCAAGACCAUAAUCAACUCUCAAUGCCAUUGGAUACUCUAGAUUUUCAAUGGAUUUAAACACAAUUGGCACAGAGUCUGCCUGUUGCAGGUCUUUCAUUAGGCCUUAAAUGCUGUUAUAUAAAUUAUUAGACAUUUAUUAAUUUACCAAGUCCAUAAUCAACUCUUUAUCUAAAUCUUACAUAAUGCAUCUUUAAUAUUCCCAAAUAAAAUGGUUUCACAUUGCAGUAGCCAUUAACCUUUUUGAUCCUACUCAAAUUUUACUCAAAUAUUUAUAAUCAUUUUAAAUAACUCUCUGUAUUCUUUUUGGAACAUCUAUGGAGAGUUACCAGUUAGGGUAAUCCUAAAGUUGAGUAACACAAAAUAUAAUUGUUAUAUAAUGUAAUCUUUUAUUAUUCAAAAUAUACAUAAGUCUUUGUUAGUGAUGCAUUUUAAUAUUGAAGACAUAAUGAAUACUUGUACAAAUCAGUGCUGAAAUUGUUUAUAAAAAAAAAAUAAUUUA